GGACUCACGUGGGAGUCUGGGAGGCGACUGUCUUGGCUUGGGUGUCAAGUUGUGGACAAUCUUUGAGUGGGGAACUCGGGACUGUUUGUCCUAUGUGAGGGGACGAGGUGUGGGAGGGAGGUCAACGAAUCCUCUGUAUCCGUCUGUUAGUGGAGUCCCGGGCGCAGUUGGAGCUAUGCGACUGCUCUGGACCGUCGGGUGCUUCGGUCGCCUGACUGCCCGUCAUUUCUCCCCGGUGGCGCGGCCUGGCGGGGAGGAACUGAGCCGCCUGCUGCUGGAUGAUCUGCCGCCGACCCAGCGGCUGGAACGUCUGUUCGGCCUGUUCCCGUGCCUCUUGGCCUUGCGGGCCUCCCGCCGGCGCGUGGCCCGGCUCCUGCUCCAGGCCGGUAAGGCUGGACUGCAGGGGGAGCGGGCCGAGCUGCUCCGGGUGGCCGAGGCGCGGGGCAUCCCUGUCCUGAGGCCCAGGCGGCAGAAACUAGACGCCUUGUGCGGCCACCAUGUGCACCAGGGCGUCUGCAUGGAUGUGAGCCCGCUGCGGCCCCGGCUCUGUGAUGAGGCGGCAGAGGCGAACCCAGGCGACGACCCUCAGCAGCUGUGGCUCGUCCUUGAGGGGCUCCAGGAUCCCCGGAAUCUUGGGGCUGUGCUGCGCUCCGCUCACUUCCUCGGAGUAGACAGAGUCAUCAUCAGCCGGAGAAACAGCUGCCCGCUUACUCCAGUAGUCAGCAAGGCCAGCGCUGGGGCUGUGGAGGUGAUGGACGUGUUCGCCACUUCUGACCUGGCCGGUUUUUUGAAGACCAAGGCCCAGCAGGGCUGGCUCGUGGUGGGCACAGUGGGCUGCCCAGGUCCCGAAAUCUCCCAUUCCUCCAAGGUCCCCAUCACUAGCUGCCUAGAGUUCGUCUGGGACCGGCCUACUCUCCUUGUGCUGGGCAAUGAGGGCUCUGGUCUGUCCCAGGAGGGUCUUGCCUCCUGCCAGCUGCUGCUUACUGUUCUGCCCAGGCGUCACUUGCCUCCCGGUCUUGAGUCCUUGAAUGUGUCUGUGGCCACAGGGAUUCUUCUACACUCCAUUUGCAGCCAGAAGAAGAGUUUCCCUGUGCAGACAGAGAAAGGACAACUUCUCCAAGACACUUGAGAACCCUUAGCUACGCCUGAAGGACUCAGAAAGGCCCAGUACCCAGGACUGCCAUGGUGGUUGGAAAAACAGGCCAAAUGUGGGCCGGCACAGACUGAGAUGCACGUGUGUGGGAAUCGGAAGGAGCUGCAGAUUGAUCCUCAGGCUUGAAUGUUGCUGGGCUCUCUGCCUGUGUGAGCCUGUUUGCUGGCUACAGUCAGGAGAUGCUUGCCGUGGAGACUGGGAGGCAGAGUCAUUUCCAUUUGGAAAAGGAUAGUUUGCUAAUUUCCAGGAUGGGUUAAUACAGACGGUUAUCUGUUCUGGA